AUAUAUAGAGAGAAAAAGAGAAGGUGAUACUCGAAUUAAAAACCUAAAACCAUAGAGAGAGAGGGCUUAGACUGAAACUCAAUGGCGGGUAGAGCUAUGAAAGCGGACCUUGACUUUGCGUUUGAACUACAAGUAGAAGAAGCAUUAACGGCUUCCCUUAUCGGCGAUGAACAAGAGAUUGCUCAAAACGCAAGUGAUUUUCAAACCCUAGAAUUACUGAAACAAUUGGAACAAGAAGAGAAAGAUAGAUUACAAUGGGAAACAGAGAUCAACAAAAUGAAAAACGAUCUUAAACGUUUAGUUCAUGAUCAAAAAGUUGCACAAGAAAUUAGUCGUAUUCCUAAUGAUCAAUGGGAGGAAACUGGAGAUUAUUUUGAGAAACCUUUUGGUGAAGCGUCUUCUUCUUCUAGGGAUGUCCAUGAUAAUAGUGCACCGUUUAAGCUGUAUUUCAAGGGUCUGUUUAGUACUGAAAGAAUUGGGGAUUCAAUUGUUGAUAUAGCUGGGAUAGGUUUUGCUGUCUGUGAUCCUCUUGGCAAUUCUAUUUUGAAUGGAGUGAAACCAUUGAUUGGUGAUUGGAAGUCUGAUUUUGCUCCUGAAGAGUUGGAAUUGAAAGUGGAGGCUAAGGCUUUGAUUCAAGGUUUAACUGCUGCUCUUUCAUUGGAUGUUAAGAGGAUCGAUUUCUUUUGUGAUUACUACCCGCUUUACCAAUAUAUCACAAUGAGACAUCUAGUGAAUCAGCAGAACAUUGCCACAGUAGUUGAUCAGGUGUCUCUGCUUCAAAGAAACUUCAUCAGUUGUCGCCCAUUCCUUGUGGCUCGAAAGGAUGUUAAAUUUGCAUUUAAGCUGGCAAGGAAUGCCAUAGAUUCACAGAUUAACAGGUCAGCUGGAUGUAACACUUCUAGGAGUAAGAAGGAGACGUGCAACAUCUGCUUAGAAGAUAUUUCUGUGGGCCAAAUGUUUGCCAUCAAUAGGUGCUUACAUCGCUAUUGUUGUUCUUGUAUGAAGCAGCAUGUGGAAGUCAAGCUACUUAACGGAAUGGUACCCCAAUGUCCUCAUGAUGGCUGUAAAACCACGCUAAAUCUUGAUAACUGUCGAAAUUUUUUGACCACUAAGUUGAUUGAUAUGAUGAGCAAACGCAUUCAGGAGGAUUCUAUACCUGUAACCGAGAAAGUUUACUGCCCAAACCCGAUGUGCUCUGCGCUGAUGCCAAAGAUCAAUAUUCCAAAAUUUGCUUAUGAUCCAUCCACCAAGGAAUAUUUAAGUGGACAGUGUAUGAAAUGCAAUGAAUAUUUCUGUUUCAAGUGCAAGGCUCCAUGGCAUUAUAACAUGAACUGCCGAGCUUAUCAGAAAAGUUCCGAGGACGACGCAAAGCUGAAGAAUCUUGCAAAUAUGAAACUUUGGCGCCAAUGCAAGAAGUGCAACCACAUGAUUGAACUGGUUGCAGGUUGCUACCACAUCACUUGCAGGUGCGGUCAUGAAUUUUGCUAUACCUGUGGAGCAGCUUGGAAGAAUAAAAAAGCGACGUGUACAUGCCCAAUAUGGAAUGAAAGGAACCUCAUGCAUAACCAGCGGGGACCGAACAGGCAGAAUAACCCGCAGCAGCAGAACCAGUAUCAUCAGCAGCGGCGUGGAUAAGUGUGGUACUUAGUCUUGGUAUGAAGUUUCUAGUUUCGCUGUUUUAUCCUUGUAAAACUUAUAUAGGAAGGACGACAACUAGACAGUAUGAGUUGUUCCAAAACUUUAUUGAUUGUAUGGAUUAAGUAACGGUAACUGCAGUGUUUUGUUGUUCUUGUAAAAUCUGAGCAAGGAUAUUUGAAGAACCCUGUUGGUCAUCAACCAUUAAGUAACCUACCUUGAACAAAUGGUAUACAUGAGUACCGACUACACCACAA